UGGAAAUGAAAUCUGGCGUGCGGCUGAGCUUGGAGCUGAUGGCUGAGUGUGUGCGCCAUCAUCCAGCAGGUGCCAAGGAGGAAGAGGACUUAGAGGAGGAGAUGGUGUUCCUGGACUUCCACACAGYCUUCAAAGGAAGCUUGUUUGAGGAUUAUCACAUCCUCCCACUUCAAGUGGCAUGUGUGGACAACAGUUUUCUGCCCUUCUUUAAAAAGGCGCCGAAWUUGUUCGACUCCUUCCUCUCAGACCCUGGGACCAUCAUGUCUCUGAAGACGUCCCUGAAUCCGGGAAAGGAUCUUGCUCCUAUGUUCGCUGAGUACUGCAACUGCAAGGAUGAACAAGAAUCCCAUGCAGCAGAAUACUUUGCCAAGGCCUGUAUACCUGAGAAGGAAUACCAUGGUGGCGGUGAUGAUGGCAGUGAUGAUGGCGGAGAUGAUGGCAGUGAUGAUGGCGGUGAUGAUGGCGGUGAUGAUGGCGGUGAUGAUGGCGGUGACGAUGCUGCUGAUGAUUGUGGUGACGACUAUGAUGAGCCUGUUUUCACUCAGAACAUGGACAUGGAACUGAACAGUGCUGAUGCUGGCGUCAAUGCACAUCCUGCUGUCAAAAAUGAUAACAGGGCAUCAGCGGUUUCUGAAGUCGUCACACAGUCUUACCUUGAGGUGAGGGAUGGUGAUGAUGAUGAUGAUGGUGAUGGUGAUGGUCAUGCUGGUGAUUACAGAAAUGCAGUUGCCAUCUGUGGUCCUGACAAGGGCAAAUCCGUCUCGACGAAACUCACUGAGAGCUGUGUCCAUGACAUCAACAAAAAUGAUGAGGAUGAUGGCCAUGGAGAUGAGAGUAAAGGGGAUGGUCUUGGUCAGGCUAAUGACCUCAAGGAGGAGUUAGCAAAUACUAGUGCUCUACACAAUUAUGGCAGAGCCCUUGUGACUGAAGUGUCUCAGUUCGAUGUAGGCGAUGACGGCAAUCGUUGCAAGAAUGAUCAUGGUGAUGGCGAUGGUGGUGGUGUCAAUGACGUGACACUUGUUGCUGAAAUGCGUCGGUCGAACCUCGAUGAUGGCAUCCGUGGUGAUGGGGGUCUUUGUGAGCGUUAUGUUGACUGUGCAGAUCAAGUCGCCAAUGAUCACCACGAUGAGGACAGAAAGGCCGGGCCACCAAAAUCGCUCGCGAAGUCGGCCAAUCGUGCGAUUGACUCCAAAGUGUCUGGUGGCGGGAGCAUCGUGGAACUCGCCAAGAAGCCGUGUACGCAAGUGAGGAUCACUCGGUACGCAAAGAAGAUCCUUCCCACGCAUGUGGACAAGCAAGUACCCCUCUUGGAUACGGUAGUGAGAAGGCACCGAAUUAGGAGAGGAGCAAUUCGCGUACUUGUCACGAAACUCGGGGUCGGCUUGGUAGCAGCGGAUGAAGCUGUUCCGCAGGUCAUCGUCGAUCUCGAAAGUCGAGUAGACCGCAGUACAACGGACACCGUGAAAGAGCAUCCGCAAAACGGUUCGACUUCCCAGGAAUGUGAUCGGGAAAGAAGUCGAACUGGUCGAUGAAAGCCAUCCAUCGAGCGAUGGUGCUGUUGACGGUGUCUUGGGUCUUAUAGAAGACCAACAGAUUGUUGUCCAUUACCCAUCGAAAUUGGCUUCGACCAAGGAGGAAGUGUCGCCACCGCUUGAGUGCGUGGACGAAGGCGAGGAGCUCCUUGCGUGCAUCGUCAAUGGACUGCAUGAUGGGCACUUUCUUGCUGAAAUACUCGUUGGAGGCUUGAGCACGGAUGUGGCUGCUACAGGGUUCCCCGUAAUACUAUAAUGACAAUAAGAAAGGCCUGAAAGGCCGUCCUGUCCAGAUUUGACAGGUAAUUGAAUUGGUUGGGCUGAAAGAAUUACCCUUAAAAAAAAAAAAAAUCCAUAAUCACAAGCUUAGGAAGGAUUGUCAGACAGUCCAAACACGGCAUUGCACACUCCACUCAUUACAUCCAACGAAUCAUACUCGGAAGCCAAUAUUGAGAUAAAGUUUAGGAACUGCG